CUAAACUUCAAGAUUCACGGUCUCCCAUAUUUCAAAGGCGCAGUCUUGGACUGUGAUCUUUAUGGAGAAAUGGAGCCAUGGGAAAUCUGGCUACGGUUUGGAGGCAUCAACGGUGAAGAUCUCUAUUUUUUCACCAAACUCAAGAGGCUAACCAAUAACUCCGAACAUCUGUGGGCGUAUAUCAAUCGCAAGAUUGGCUUGGCCAACGGUACAUGGAGUGGCGAGAAUUCGGCUAGUCCAAUUUUUGCUACCAAAACCGAUAAACAAAUAAUCGGCUAUUUCAAGUGCUUCAGAUACGAGAAUGUCCAAUUGCCCGAGCACCAUGGUGAAUGGUUUAUGCAUGAGUAUAGCUUGCACCAAGAUUCGAUACACCAAGUUGUAGACUCGGAUUACGUUUUAUGUCGACUUAGCAAGAAUGAAAGAGUUGAAAGAAAAUUACCAAAAAAUCUUGAGCUGCAGCAACAUAGCAAGAAAAGAAUAACCGCGCCUGGAUCAACCAUCGGACAAGACACUAUGUCUGACGUGACCAUCGAUCAAGAUUUCAAUUUAUAAUUUUGACCAUAAAUGGUGCUUCUUUUUUUU